AUGUUAAAUAAGCCUGUGUUUAUUGAUUUUUCUAUUAAAAAUGAUAAAAAUUUGAAGAAAAAUUUCGAACUUUUAAAUAAUGUUAAUUCUAAGUUGCCAAAUUGUUAUAAUGAAGAUGAAUUGUCGUCAGAUUAUAUUUCUUUGCAAUGUACUUCAUCAUGUCAAGCAUUACCUUCGUCACCUUCAUGUGAUAUAAAAAUUCGUUUGGCUGAGCUGACAACAUAUAUACCAUCAAGAAAAUAUAAACUCUUUCGAAAAACUUUUAGAUUAAUAAGGCAAAAUAUUAUUUCUACAUGCAAAAAUUAUAUUUCGCAUUUUUAUUAUUAUGUACUAGAGUUUAUUCAACAAACAUUAAGUUUUUGUUUUGUUUUUAAAAGAAAUCAAGAUUUAGAAGAGUCUGAAAGCUAUAAAAGAUUUAAAGAAGAGGAAUGCUAUCGUAGAGCUUUUUUGCAAGAAAUUUUAAUCCUAACAUUUUUUAAGCAAUUUACUGUUAAACAAGAGCAAAUAAAAAAUGAUGAAUUUAAUCUUUCUAAUAUUAUUAAAAAUGAUGGUAGUUUUGUUAUUAAACCGAGUACAUCAACAUGUCCUAUAACGCCACAAUUACAGUCACCAUCUUCAACUGCAGCUUCUGUUUCUCAAACAUCUACAGAUUAUACGUUGCUUGCUUCUGAAUUAUUUCCUCCGUUUUAUGAUAUUAAUCAGUUGUCACCCGGUGAUUUUCAAUCUAGUCCUGAUAAAAGUUCAAUUAUGUAUACUGGUGAUGAAAAACUAACUCCUAAUAUUUCAUUAUCGCCAGUUUUUUAUCAAAGAGAACAAAGAAUGGGAAUUGGAAUGUUAUGAUGUUAUAGAUGUUAUUAUAACACAUACAUAUGGG